CACUCACUUUUGUCCAGCAUCCACGAAGCCCUAUUCCCAGUAAAAAGCCCUUUUUUCGGAAAACUAAAUUCACCUUCGAAGCUUCUCCAGGAAUCAAUCAAAGCUCCUAUACAGGAGCCCUUCUCUCUGUCCCGGUUAAUUUUACAAUCGCCCAACAAUGAGCGGAGAUAAUCGAAGACGGGAUCGAAAGGACACGCGGUGGUCGAAGAAGCCGAGAGUAGUGAACACUGCAGAAGAUGAACUCGAAUCUAAACUCGGAUUUGGGCUUUUCUCAGAAGGUGAAACCCGACUUGGGUGGCUACUCACAUUCGCAUCUUCAUCUUGGGAAGAUCGAGAUACUGGGAAAGUCUAUAGUUGCGUGGACCUUUACUUUGUUACUCAGGAUGGGUUUUCUUUCAAGACAAAGUACAAGUUCCGUCCUUACUUCUAUUUAGCCACUAAAGUAUGCUAA